GAUCCAUUUCACGAACAACAGUCCAUCGCCCAAAUCCAAGCCUGGGAAGAAAGGCCCAGCAGAUUCUCCCGAGCGAUUCCAUGUCUCCAACUCAGUGAGUCUUCAAUCCAUCCUUCUCAAUCUCAACUCAUCCACUCCGUUUUGAAUCUGUGUGCGCCAUUAUUACUGCAACAAAUCCAGAACGGAUAAGCGUUUCUCAUUGUUACCUGCAAAAAUGGCGUCCGAUUCCGGCCAUAAAGCUACGUUAAUCGAUGGCAAAGAAAUCGCCCAGGCCGUCAGAUCUGAAAUCGCGGAGGAAGUGAACAAACUCUCUGAGAAACACGGAAAGGUUCCGGGACUCGCGGUGGUGAUUGUGGGGAGUAGAAAGGAUUCACAGAGCUAUGUAAAGAUGAAGAGAAAGGCUUGCGCGGAAGUCGGAAUCAAGUCCUUCGAUUUUGAUCUUCCUGAACAAGUGUCCGAGGCCGAAUUGGUCGCCAAGAUCCACGAGUUGAAUGCGAAUCCUGAAGUACAUGGUAUAUUGGUUCAGCUUCCUUUGCCAAAGCACAUAAAUGAAGAGAAAGUUUUAGCUGAAAUCAGCAUCGAGAAGGAUGUAGAUGGAUUUCAUCCUCUGAACAUUGGGAAGCUUGCAAUGAAAGGCAGAGAUCCCUUAUUCCUACCUUGCACUCCAAAGGGGUGUCUUGAGUUGCUGUCACGAAGUGGUAUAAGUAUUAGGGGAAAGAAGGCAGUUGUUAUGGGGCGAAGCAACAUAGUUGGAUUACCAGUUUCAUUACUGCUUCUGAAAGCAGAUGCAACCGUGACGAUUGUUCAUUCGCGUUCUGUUGAUCCAGAAAGCGUUGUCCGGGAAGCAGACAUUGUAAUUGCUGCAGCAGGACAGGCGCAAAUGAUCAAGGGCAGUUGGAUCAAACCAGGUGCUGCAGUCAUUGAUGUUGGUACAAACGCAGUUGAUGACCCAACCAGAAAGUCGGGCUACCGGCUGGUUGGGGAUGUAGAUUUCCAGGAAGCUUGUAAAGUGGCUGGUUGGAUAACUCCUGUUCCUGGUGGCGUCGGCCCAAUGACCGUCGCCAUGCUGCUCAGGAACACUCUGGAUGGAGCUAAGCGGGUGAUCGAGCAGUGAUACGAUGUCGUUUCGGUGUUGAAUCACUAAGAAUAAGAUGUUUCAUAUUUGGGGAGAUAAUUUUGUAGGAAAUAAAAAAUCCUUACAACUUCUGUGGAUAUUAUGAAGAAUUACUUUAGUUUGUUGAAAGUUGAUAUAGAUCCGUGGAGUGUUCAUUUUUCUCUGUGGGGACUUGCUCUAAACGAGAGGGGAAUCUCCAUUUAAGCUCUUCGUGGGUGGAGAUGGGGACUAGAAUACGUUGGCGAAACAAGAACUUUAUUUGAGAAGGGGGAAUUUUUUUGAUAGGUGAUAGGGUGGUUUUCCUUAGAGAUAGAAAAUUUGUUGCAUUAUCGAUUAUAAGAUUUAGCUUACAUGAAUCGUUAUUGGUUUGAUAACAAUAAUAGCAGUCGUUUUAUUGUGCUAA